GACGCCCGUGCCCGCUGACGUCACGUGUUCUUGGUCGGUGCACAGGCUCACAGUAAACGGGGAGCUCCGGUCCUCCGCAGAGUUCUGUGCAGGAGAAACGGAGGAGCACGUGCAGAGCUCUGCAGGGAUGAGCUAAGCUGCGCAGGAACGCACGCGCUUUGAGGUACUAGGAGACACCUGUCCGCGCGCCCUUCAUGAGGGUCGCUACGACGCACCUGGGUCUUCGGACAACGGGAGUUAGUCGGCUCAGCGUCGGUCGGGUGUGCGCGUGCACAGGACUAAGGUGCAUCGUCAGCAGGAUGCCCAUCCCUCCACCUCCGGGACCUCCGCCCCCCCACACCCUCAGCCAGCUCAGUGCCGGCGGCGAGGAGGCGGGGGGCCGUGGAGUCCUGCUGUCUGACAUCUGCAGAGGCACCCAGCUGAGGAAGGUGGAGGUGCAGAACGACCGCAGCGCCCCCCUGCUGGACAGUAAGAGUGCGACACCCCCCACAGAGCACCCAUACAUCCGCUUAUACCAGUACCUGCAUCAGAGCCAGCAGGGGGGGCCGUCCCAGGAGCUGAGGAGGACCGCUGGAGACAGGAGUGCAGCCCCGCCCCCCCAGAAGUCCAGAGCAAGUGGAGCAUCUGCAGGAGCCAAUAGGAGUACAUCUGAGAGCCCGCCAGGUUCAGCUCAGCCAAAGGUUCAAGUUCCCAAGCAGCAGCCAAUCAGAGACGGCUCCUCGGGACGCCCCUCCUCCUCCACACGGGGCGCUGCCCCCCGCCCUCCGAGCCAUCGCUGUGACGGCACAGACAGGCCCCUCCCACAGGCCUCGUCCCCGACUGAGUGUCGCCCUCACCCACCUUCCCUCCCCAGCCUUUUGCCCUCCCCCACUGCUGCUGCCCCCUCUCCCAGCAUGAAGCCACCCCCUCCUCCUUCCCAUUGUCACCGUGGCAACACCUCUUCACCUCCCACAUCCUCUUAUAACAGAGAGAAGCCCCUCCCACCAACCCCACCUCUCCCCUCCAAACCUCCCCCAUCUCCAAACAGCAGCAAACGCCCCCCUACCUCAGGGGGAAACCCUGCCCCCUCCUCUAGCUCCUCACUGGCUCCCCCACCCCCCCCUUACCGCAUCACUAACGGUCCGGCCGUCAGUGGCGAGGUCGCCCCCGAGCUGCCGCAGCGCCACAACUCUCUCAGCAGCAAGAGGACGGCCCCCUCGCCAGGUAGCCACACCCCUACAAGAGGCCCUGCCCCUCCUCCACCUUCAUCCCCCACACCGUCCCAGCUGGGCACCAGCAAGCCGCCUCCCACAAACAGGGAGGGGUCAGGUAGAGGAACAGCCCCCCCCCACCUGGCUCUGUGUUCGCCCUCAUUGAGGGUGGGAGCUAAGGAAGCCCCUCCUCCACCACCCUACAGGACCCAUGGCAGCCCCUCCCUUUCUUCUGACCCCCCCUUCAGGGGCAAACCCCCUCCUCCACCCUCUCGCAUUCCUGCUCCUCCUCCUCCUCCUCCUCAUCGUAAUGGACCCCCCCCCUCGCCCUCCAUAACUCGUUCCUUUGCAGAUGACUUUGAGGCCCGGUACUCCUUCCACCCUUUAGACGACUUCCCCCCCCCGGAUGAGUACAGACACUUCUCCAAGAUCUACCCCAGCAGGGCAAACAGAGUCAUGAGAGGAGCUCCGCCUUUGCCUCCUGUGGGGAGGUGAAGCAGGAGCUGACCUCCAUCACUGACGCACACCUCCACCUUGCCAGAAGAGCCCCCCACCCCCCAUCGGUUCUGUCUGGGGGGUCAGAGCUGAACUGCUUCUUUGCACUUUGAUCAGAUGAACUUCCUGUGAGGUCAUGUGAUUUGCUCCUUUGUUUGAUGUCAGAAGGUCAUCUGGAACCUCCUUCUGUGGAGAACAUGAUCCUUUGAUCCAGCAGAACCAGGACCGGAGUCCAGUUUAUGGGCAGGACUGGUCUUAAAGUGCCAAAUGGACUGCAGCGGGCAGAACUUCAUGUGGAACAUGCGGACCCCCCCCCCCCCACACACACACACCUUUUUUUGUUUCCCUUCUAACCCUGCAAUCCAACUCCCCCUAUUGGUUCCAAUAGAGGGCUGUAAGCAUGUUUACGGCACGUGUGACAAAUAAACCGCAGCUUCAGAA